AUGUCACAAAAUGUGAAUGAGGAUGAAGAUUCUGAUGAUUUUUAUCGAAAUAGUCGUCCUUCCCAUCGUCCUAAUACUCGUUACAAGGUUGUAUUUAGUAGAAUGGGUGAUAGCAGUAGCAUCAGUUGUAGCUACAUACUUUUUUUCCAGGAAGGAUUGUUAUGUCGUCAUAUGUUUUUCAUAUUAAAUAUGAAAGAGUACGAUGAAAUUCCAUCAAAUUUCAUUUUGAGGAGAUGGGGAAAAGAUAUCAUAGUUGAUGGAUUGUUGAGAAAAAAGUACUCGUAUCCUCAUAAAGAUAGUAAAAAUGAAUGUUUGAUUCAAGAUUUGUAUGCUAUUCUUCGUUUGUCCAUUAACAAGAUAGCAAAUAAUGAGGAUGAGUUGGCUAAAUAUAUAAAGCAAAUUCAGGAGGUUGAUAGUGGUAUUCCUUUAUGUACCUCAUCAAGGGCAUCUUCAAGUAGGUCAAUUCACAUUAAAAAAAUUAUUGGAGCUGCAGUACCUGAUGUUAUCAACAUUCAUAAUCCACAGGGGAUCAGAAACAAGGGAUGUGCCAGUGGUAAAAGAAUCAAGAGCACUAGAGAGAAAGUAACUGAGACAUCUAAAAAAGGUUCUAGCUUGUGCAGUUUAUGUCAUAAACCAAAUCAUAAUGCUAGGAGUUGCAUUUUGAGGUUAAAGAAGUCUGAUUUAGAAUCUGAGGUUACAGAAGGUUGA